GCCAGAUUGAGCACUCUAUUGAAUCAGUACCUUCAAACUUACCUGGACAGUUACUGUAUAUCUCAAUUCUCGGGACAUUCAAGAUGUUUGGAAACUAUAAGAAGGAAUAUUCACGCUAUCGAUCGUAUCUGCGUUCCUUCCUCUGGUCCAACCUCGGACCAAACCUGCCAGCGUCCGGGGAGUUUUACAAUUCUUAUUCCCCAAGGCACAUCAUUCGGGUCUUGAGGAACUUUCGACGCUCCCCACCUUCCCUCAUACAGCUUCUACCGUGACCAUGUCUGAGACGACCAUCACUCUCAAGCGUACCGGCGACAAGAUGCCCGUUGUUGGCUUCGGUCUCUGGAAGGUGACCAAAGCUACUUGCGCCGAUACCGUCUACAACGCGAUCAAGGCGGGAUACCGUCUUCUCGAUGGUGCUGGUGACUACGGAAAUGAGAAGGAGGCUGGUGAGGGUCUCCGUCGCGCCAUUGCGGACGGUAUCGUCAAACGAGAGGAUGUCUUCGUAACUUCCAAGCUCUGGAAUACUUUCCACGCUCAUGACCAUGCCAAGGCACUGGCGAAGCAUCAGCUCCAGCUCUGGGGCAUCGACUACUUUGACCUUUUCCUCGUUCAUUUUCCCAUCUCUCUCGAGUACGUUGACCCAUCCCACCGUUACCCACCCGAAUGGUGGGGAGACGAUGGCAAAGUCCACCUCGCCAAGGUUCCCCUUCAGGAGACUUGGACUGCUAUGGAAGAACUUGUCGAUGAGGGAUUGGCCAAGAACAUCGGUUUGAGUAACACCCAGGGAUCCCUUCUCUUGGAUGUCCUCCGUUAUGCUCGCAUUGAGCCUCAGGUGCUCCAGGUUGAGAUUCACCCUUACCUCACUCAAGAAGCCCUUGUGAAGCUCGCGGCUAUUCACGGCAUCGCUGUCACUGGGUAUUCUUCUUUUGGUCCUCAGAGCUACGUUGAGCUCGGCGCGCAUAAGGGCGCUUCGAGUUUGUUGGAGCACGACUCGAUCGCUCAGAUCGCGUCAAAGAACAACAAGACUCCUGCUCAAAUCCUCCUCCGAUGGGCCGUCCAACGCGGUCUCGCUGUUGUCCCCAAGAGUAACAAUCACGAGCGUUUGGUUAGCAACUUGCAGGUCACUUCAUUCUCUCUUUCCGAGGAUGAGAUCAAGGCAAUCAGUGCCCUCAACAUCAACCUACGUCUCAACGAUCCUGUUGAUCUCGACCCCCGCAUGGACAUCUUCGCGUAAAUGCCAAUCUAUCAUUAACACGUAUCUAUGGGGGUGUGCAUAGAAGCAGUUCUUCAAUGUUGUAUACUAGGUGCUCUGGGGUGUUACAUGACAUGCGUCGCACGAGUUCGCAGAACUGCUCAUAUUUUGUGUCGACAAAUGAUGGUACGGUGUGUUCUACACGGCCAUUAAUUAUCUUCGAGCUGCCUGUGUAUAAUUAAUUCUCCAAGCCC